AUGGGUGUUCAGAAGAAGACGAGAAAGUUCGCCGAGGUCAAGCGAGUGAUCGGCAAGAACGAUGCCCGACGCAAGGAGAACUUGAAGAAGGCCGAAGAGGCCGUCGCAAAGGCCAAGCGUGAGCGCGGAGGACCCGAUGGAGAGACACUCGUUCGCGAGAUUCCUCAGGUGCCAUCGCAUAUGUUCUUCCAGCAUAACGAGGCUCUCGUGCCGCCCUAUAGCGUCCUCGUCGAUACCUCCUUCUUCUCCAGAACGGUUCAGAUGAAGUUGCCGCUCCUCGAGACCAUGAUGGACUGUCUUUACGCGACCUGCCAUCCUAUUGUUACAGACUGCGUAAUGGCGGAAUUGGAGAAGCUUGGACCCAAGUUCCGGAUCCCUCUGCGCAUCGCUCGUGAUGAGAGGUGGCAGAGGCUUAAGUGUGAUCACAAGGGCGUCUAUGCAGACGACUGCCUGGUGGACAAGGUCCGUAAGGCAAACAUCUACAUCAUUUUGAAGGUCGGACGUGGAAAGUACUUCAUCGAGAGGUUGCCCGGUGCUCCCGAGUAA